AUGUCCAAUCUCCCCUCUGAGCCCGAGUUCGAGCAGGCCUACAAAGAGCUUGUCUCUACCCUUGAAAACUCCUCUCUUUUCGAAAAGAAUCCCGAGUACAGGAAAGCCCUGAAAGUCUGCUCCAUUCCCGAGCGAAUCAUCCAAUUCCGAGUGGUCUGGGAGGAUGACAAGGGCGAGGUUCAGGUGAACCGGGGCUACCGAGUGCAGUUUAACUCGGCCCUGGGCCCUUACAAAGGCGGUCUUCGAUUCCACCCGACGGUGAACCUGUCUGUCUUGAAGUUUUUGGGCUUUGAACAGAUCUUCAAGAACGCUCUCACGGGCCUGAACAUGGGUGGUGGUAAAGGUGGUGCAGACUUUGAUCCUAAGGGCAAGUCGGACAAUGAGAUCAGGAAAUUUUGCUGUGCUUUCAUGAGCGAACUCGGAAAACAUAUUGGAGCUGAUACCGACGUGCCGGCUGGCGACAUUGGUGUCUCUGGUCGUGAAAUUGGCUGGCUUUUUGGACAAUACAAGAAGCAGACGAAACUGUGGGAGGGCGUCCUGACCGGCAAAGGAGGUGACUGGGGAGGCUCCCUCAUUCGACCAGAGGCCACUGGCUACGGUGUUGUAUACUAUGUUGAGCAUAUGAUCAAAUAUGCCACCGGCGGAAAAGAAUCCUUUGCAGGCAAGAAAGUCACUAUCUCUGGCUCUGGAAAUGUCGCCCAAUUCGCUGCCCUCAAAGUCAUCGAACUCGGCGGUACUGUCCUCUCUCUCAGCGAUAGUAAAGGUGCUAUCAUUGCCACAACCGAUGCAGGUAUUGACCCCGAGAUGAUUGACAUCAUUGCGAAGUUGAAAGUGGACCGGAAACAACUCUCUGAGGUCGCCACCACGGCCGAUUUCAGCAGCAGGGUGAAGUACAUUGAUGGGGCUCGACCGUGGUUGCAUGUCGGUCAGGUUGAUGUGGCGCUGCCCUCUGCUACUCAGAACGAAGUGUCUGGUGAGGAAGCCGAAGGUCUGAUCAAGGCUGGGUGCAAAUUCAUCGCUGAAGGCAGCAACAUGGGUUGCACCCAGGCCGCAAUCGAUGUGUUUGAGAACCAUAGAAAGGCCAACAAGGAUAAGGCUGUCUGGUAUGCCCCUGGUAAGGCUGCCAAUGCCGGCGGUGUGGCUGUCUCCGGUCUCGAGAUGGCUCAAAACUCUGCACGCAUCAAGUGGACCACUGAAGAAGUCGAUGCUAAGUUGAAGGACAUCAUGAAGAACUGCUUUGAGAAUGGAUUGCAGACCGCAAAGACAUAUGUCACCCCGGCUGAGGGUGAGUUCCCCAGUUUGGUUGCCGGUAGCAACAUUGCCGGAUUCAGCAAGGUUGCCGCUGCUAUGAAAGAUCAAGGCGAUUGGUGGUAG